AAUACGUCCAUAGCAGACCUUGACCUUUCAUGGAAUGGCAUUGCAUUUGAAGGCAGUUUGGCAUUGGGGGAGUCACUGAGAUCUAACAAGUCACUCCGGAGGCUUAACUUGGAAAAUAACAGAAUUAACUGGGAUUGUGCCCCUUACUUGAGCAAAUCGCUGAGUGUCAACACAAGUUUAGAGAUCUUAGAGGUA